GUUAGGCUCCCCUCUCUAUGAUUUCCCCUGAUCACAUGCAUGUUGGACUGUAAAAAGAACGAAAAAUAAGAUGAAGACAUCAAAAAAGAAAUCUAAGCACUUUGCGAAACAAAAUAAAUCCAAAGCCAAAAAGCCAAACAACUCAAAGUUUAACAAAUUUGACGGAAAAAAGACAAAAAACAACGCAAAAGACAAUAAACAUGAGGAAAGCCAAAAUAAUGAGCGUAAGGGGAAAUCCCGUGCUGCAAUUGCAAACGAAAAUAAAGUCAAAAGAAUGAGAGAGAAGAAGUGGAACAGAAAUAAAGAUGACGAUGACUCGGAUUUUGAAGUUGUAGAUUCAAGUUUAGAAAAGUCCAUCAGGAAAGCUUCAGAGAAGUCCAACAAUACGUCUGAUGGUGAAAAUUCUGAUCAAGAGGCUAAAGAUACUAGAAAACUUCUUACACAGCAUAACAGAAAGAAAAAGACAUCAGGAGGAUUUCAGUCUAUGGGAUUAUCUCAUUCAGUAUAUAAAGGUAUAUCACGGAAAGGAUAUAAGAUACCUACACCAAUUCAAAGAAAGACCAUACCUUUGUUGAUAGAAGGUAAAGAUGUUGUUGCCAUGGCAAGGACAGGAAGUGGAAAAACGGCAGCAUUCCUUCUGCCUAUGUUUGAGAAGUUAAAGAUACAUUCAGCAAAGACUGGAGCUAGAGCUUUGAUCCUGUCUCCCACUAGAGAGCUGGCAUUACAAACACUGAAAUUUACAAAGGAGCUUGGAAAGUUUACUGGACUUAAAGCAGCCGUUAUCUUAGGAGGAGACAGAAUGGAUGAUCAGUUUGCUGCCCUUCAUGAAAACCCUGACAUAAUAAUAGCAACACCUGGUCGAUUGCUCCAUGUCCUUGUAGAGAUGAAUCUGAAGUUACGGACUAUAGAGUACAUAGUUUUUGACGAGGCUGAUCGGCUGUUUGAGAUGGGUUUCCAGGAACAGAUGACAGAGAUCUUACAUAGAGUUCCUGAGACUAGGCAGACCCUGUUGUUUUCAGCAACACUGCCUAAACUUCUGGUGGAAUUUGCCAAAGCAGGUCUUCAUGACCCGAUCUUGAUCAGAUUGGAUGUUGAAACAAAGAUCAGUGAAAAUUUAAAGAUGUCUUUCUUUGGAUGCAGAGAAGAUGACAAGGCUUCAGUUUUAAUUCAUCUGCUGAAGAAUAUUAUUGACCAAUCAGAACAGACAGUAGUAUUUGCUGCCACAAAACAUCAUGUGGAAUAUCUUAACAUGCUACUUCAGAAAGCAGGUAUAGACUCCACAUACAUCUACAGUUCUUUAGACCAAACAGCCCGUAAAAUUGCUGUUGGAAAAUUCGUGAACAAAAAAUCAUCAGUUAUGAUAGUGACAGACAUAGCUGCCAGAGGAAUAGAUAUACCUCUGUUGGACAAUGUUAUAAAUUACAACUUCCCAGCGAAAGGAAAGCUUUUUGUUCAUAGAGUUGGUAGAGUAGCCAGAGCAGGGAGGAGUGGUAUGGCUUAUUCUCUUGUUUCAUUGGACGAGAUGCCUUAUCUUCUGGAUCUUUGUGUAUUCUUGGGCAGAUCAUUGAAAGUAGUUCCGCUAGAUAAAAAAGUCACAGAUGAUGAUGGUUUUUAUGGCUUGGUACCUCAAGAUGUUAUUGAUGACAUGGCAGAAAAAACAAGAAUCUGGCAUACAGAAAUGGCAGAACUAGAAAGCAUGAAGAAGGUGGUAGAGAAUGCACUGAAUAAAUAUAUUAAGUCUCGACAAGCACCUGCUGCUGAGUCAAUUAAACGUUAUAAAGAGAUGAAUAAAUCUGGAGUCAAACCUGGGGUUCAUCCAGUCUUUGGUGAUUAUGACAGUAUAAAAGAAGAUGGACGAUUACAGUUGUUAAAUGCUCUGAAGUCAUACAAGGCCAACACGACUAUAUUUGAAGUAAAUGCCACGUCUAAAACAAAAGCAUUUGGUGUGAUGAAGAAGAAACGUGGAUACCAUCAAGGAGUGAUUAAACAACAGGUCAAUAGGUUGGUAGGGGAGACGACUCCAUCAUACAGAGAAACUUUACACAAACAAGAUGCAGCAGAUGAGGAUGACUUGACAAAUACUUUCAAUGUUGUGAUUGGUAAAAAGAGACCAGGUCAGACAACUGUGGACUCGAGUACAAAGAAAAGGAAAGUGGAAAUUAGAGAUGAAGAGAAUUAUCUCCAUUAUACACCAUCAGACUUUGAUACUGAGAGCAGACUUGGCAUUGGUACAACGUUUGAGCAGCAGGCAGCAGGUGUUUCUAUGGACAUAACAGGGGAUGAAGAUAAUACACUACAGAAAACAAAAUCAGCCUUCAGAUGGGAUAGAAAGAAGAAGAAAUUUGUGAAGGAUGGAGGAUUGGAUCCAAAGAAGAAGAAAAUCCGAACAGAAAGUGGAGCUCUGAUCUCAGCAUCAUUCAAAUCUACUGCUUAUGAAGAGUGGAAAAACAAAACAAAGGUAGACGACCAAGACAACCAGAAUGACGACGAUGAUAGUGAUCAUGAGAGGAAACCUGCGUUACCACAGCAACGGUCUGAAAGAUUUACAGUCUUAGGAACUAAAAGACGAAGAUGGCACACUCAAGGUAUGGAGGAGAGUAACCAACAGAAAUCUGGUGGAGGAAAAAAGAGAAAAUUUAAAAGCGAAUUGAAAGGAAAAGAACAGAUUCUUAAACAGAGAAAUAUAAAAGAGAAAAAACAAGCUUAUCAAAGUUACAGACAUCAUAGCAAUCAGAAACGUUCAAUAUUUAAGUCCAAGAAAAACAAAUAAAAGUGGAUUUCCA